AUGGCCACUCCUCAAGCCUCUGAGCAUUUUCUUUUCACAUGGCUGAGAGAGCUCAUCGUCUUCUUUCCGAAAUCCGAAGAAAAUUCUGAUUUCGAGAAAUGUCGAUGGCGAACAAAAAGCAAUAACCGCUGUCGUCGUGAGCGGACGGGCGUGGUAGACGAAGCCAUAGCCCUUUGGUUGGAUAUUGAGAAGACGAAGACAUGCCCAGAUAUUGCCAUUUUCUACCCAAAGGUUGAGCAAUUGCUUCAACUCGUUUAUUGUGGUCAGCACUUCAAAUUCGCUCUGCCCUUAUUUCAAGAGUGGAAAGAGAAGCACGGCAUGGAUGCCAACUUGACCCAGGCUCCAUCUGGGGCCCAAGAGCCCAACAGGGUUUUGAUAGAGGAUUCAGACGAUACAUCACAGCCGGGGACACCAGAGCCAGAGGUAUUCGAUCUUUCUUGCCUCAGCGACACCUCACCCUUUCCUACUCCUCUUACUGAAGCCGAUUCAGUCAGAACUCCAAUCGAGGGUCCGGCUCGCAUCCUUGACAGUUCUAUACCAGACACUUCAUCCGGGGCGGUUAGCAAGACCCCCUCGUCUGUGGCAAACAACAACUCCAACAUCAAUACCAUCACGAAAGAUAUUUCGACCUUGUCUCUUGGCCAUACCUACUCAACCUCAGACAGGUCACCCGUUAAUGACAAGCAAGCCUAUGCAGAAAGCAUCUCAAAGGACGAUGAGCUUUCUUUUCAGGGAAUAUCAGAGAGGCUCUCCGUCAUCCCUGAUAGAAAGCCUGUUGCCGAACAGACGGCUUCUGAUGUUAUAGCACGCCAAGAAAAUACCCUCGAGGUUGAAGAUGACCCUCUCGAUCAUCCAAUCAAUCUUGAGGGUAUCGGCAUAGGUCGACUGUAUCGACAGGGGACUUUGAAGAGAGGCUCGCCCAUCCUAAAAGCUCUCACCACUCCCCCUACUCUGAGGCUGCGGAAACAUGGCGUUGUAUAUGUCUUGCAGCACACCAAAAACGAAAAAGUCUUCAAAAUCGGAUACACUGGACAUAAUGCCGUCAAUAGACAAAAUCAGCCCGGAAAUUGCUAUGGAAAAAACACCAAGGUCAUCUAUGAAUCCGAGACUGACUUUGUUGGCGCUGAGAAAGCCGAACAUCUAGCGCAUAUAUUCCUUGGAAAUCACAACCUCAAAGUUCCCGAAUGCGCAUCUUGUGGCGGAGGUCAUAAAGAAUGGUAUUAUGAUCAAACAGGUGAUGUUCUCAUUGCCACGCUCAAAGUGAUGGAAGAUUUUGUUCAGCUGCCUGCUUAUGAGUUGAAGGCUGGUCAGAAAGAGGACGGAGAAAUGGUGGUGUCGCAAGAGGCAGAAAAGAGAAUCAAAAGCAUGUUCGACAUUUCUAUCCAAGGGCUCCAAGGCUCUGUGGGUACACAAAACGGGCCCGCCAGCAUUCAAAUGGAUUCGACUAUCGCACAGACUGCUGUCCCUCAAGCAAUGGAUGAUGUCCCUAUCAAGUCGACAGAGGCAGAGCCUUUGAAGACCUCGGAAUCAUCUGCUGGCGCAACUGUGGGUCGGUUCAUGGGAAGUGCGAAGGAAAAAGUUGGAAAAUGGAGGAAUAUUCGAGAUUCAUUUUCCAGAGAGGGUACGCCUGAGUCAAGCGAUUCUCGAGAGCCGCCAGGCGAGGGUGAGAAGUUCUUUGCCACAUUUCUCUGGACACUUGGAGGUGGCAGGCAUGGUGGUGCUUCAAAGGGAGGUGAAAGUCCUCGAGGAUGGAGCGCGCUCAUCCAAGCUAUGACACUCAGAAAGAACAAGUUCAAGGAGGGUUUUGCUACGGGUAAACGAGAGGCUGAAAUGGCGAGCUGA